UAUACUACACUAAUGCUAGCCGACUAUAUAAAGAAAAUUAAAACAUAAAAUUAUAUAAUGUAUAUUGUAUUUUUUUUUUAAGUAAUUUUUUUCCUUCCACAAAUUACGGAGACUAAACAUUAAAUAUCUAUAAUUUCUAUACCUAAUAUCAUGGUACCACUUUUUUUUAGUUCUCAAAGUGAAAAAGUCUCUUUCUUUUUGAGUUUUAGUGAGGACUGAGUUGAAUUCAUAUAUCGAGUGAGUAGGUGUAUUUGUGUACCAAUGAACCAUAAUAAGCAGUGGUCUUCGGCACUAGUCUCUCCAUAUGAACAAGCCAGGGAGAAGGAGAAUAAAAUUGAGAAUCUUCCAAUGGAAAUCGUAGGAAAGAUCUUUGAUCAGAUUGGAGAAGCUCGACAUGUGGUGGUUGCAUCUGCCACUUGUAAAAUGUGGAGAAAGGUUUGGAAGGAUUACACUUGUGCCCUUUCUUUCAAUUCAAACAUGUAUCGUGAUUUCCAUACUAGUACAUUUGAGGUUAUAAUAACCCAAACUAUAUUCCAAACAAGAGGACUGAAAUCAUUGUCUAUUGUUAUGGAAUAUGAUCAUGAUGAUCAUCAAGAGUACUUAUCUUCUGAAUUAAUGGUUGCUUGUCUCAUGCAUACUCAUGAUUCAUUGAGACAACUUCAUUACAGUGCUAAAACAACACCAAAUAUGAAUUUCAUCAACACAUUAUGCAGUGCACAAAAGUUAGAAGAUUUAGUAUUAAGCUUUGUCUUCAUAUUUGGUUUUAACCCUUCUCAUCACAAGUUUCAUAAUUUGAAGUCACUUUCACUAAAUUAUGUCACUAUCUCACCUUUGAAUUUGAGUCUAAUUUUGUUGACUGCAUGUCCAAAACUUGAGACUUUGGUUCUUGUUAGUCUUCAUAUUGACAAAAAAACUGAGUUGGAUUUGAGUAACCCUUCAUUGAAGAAUUUCUUUGUUGAAGAUAUCAAUAUGGCUAAGUUUAUAAUAUCGAAGGUUGAUUGUUUAGAGAAUCUACACAUAAAAAAUUGUGCAAUAGAGUUUUUUAAGCUUGUAUGUAAAGGAGCAUUGAAGACUCUAGAGAUUGAUAGUAGUGAUCUUAUUAAUAUUAAUAUUAUUGGCAACACAAAUAAUUUUGAAUCGGUGGAUGUUUACAAUAGCACAAUUAUGUGGUCAAGCAUCUACUCCAUGUUGAUCAAAAAAUCAUCCAAGAUAAAGAGAAUUAAACUGUGUUAUGUUGAUUUUUAUGAGGAAGAUGAUGAGGAUAUAGAUAUGGAGAAUUUAAGUUCAUCUACUAUGGCUCUGUUUAUGAGUAUGAACAAUAAUAAUGUUAUGGUCCUCAUUGGAAAAUCCAAGGAGGAGUUUGAUUUGGAAAAUUGAGGAUGGCCACAUUCAAUGUUGUGUACAUAAUUUUUUAGUUAAUUAGUUUUAUCUGAGUUAUUUUCGGAAUUUUUCUUUUCUAUAUAACAAAGUUGAUAUUUUUUUUAGUUUUCUUUUUCUUUAAACCGAUUUUUAAUUACUAGUAAUAUAUUUAAUCACCUAUAUAUUACUAUUAUUACGGUUAGCUUUUUUUUUGCUAUUAUUAAAUUAAUACAACAUAAUGUAAAUAAUAUAUAUUUAUUGGCUUCAAGAGAUCUUUAAAAAUUUGUUGGUAGUUGACAUCUGUCACAGAAUUUGUUUGCUAAUUUUUUGUUUAUUUUUUUUUCGAAUGAAUAAUUAUUUUUUUUAAUUUGUUUGCUAUUUACAUGGCAUGAAUUAAUUUAUCUUUUUGAAAGUAUAAGAGUUAAAUUAGCUAACAUUGUUAAAUACAUUUAUUAAUGUAGUCACAGCAACGGAUAAGAUUGAAUGUUUAGAACAUUUUGGAAAAUUCAUAUAAUUUGGACUUUACUAGUUAAGAGUAGAGCAGUAUAGAUGAGAUUUAAAUUCAUUCCUGCAUAUUAUUAUAUUAAUUAUAAAAUAAUAUAAAAUGGGUGGUUCUACUAUACAAUUUUUAACUGUAUCAUCAUUUAAAAAAAAAUUAAUCUAAUUUUUUUUAUAGUAUAUAUGUUAUAGUUAUUUAAAAUAUUUUAUUAAAAUUUUAAAAAAUUCAAAAUAAUUUACAAUAUAAAUUUUAAUGUUCAAACUGUCUAUUUCAUAAGCGUAUAAAAUAAUAAUAAUAAAAAUCAAGUGUUAACCCGAAAUGAUGUAAUUUGGCAAAAAUCAAGUGUUAACUCGGACCGAAUAAUAGAAGAAACAAAGUGGACAAUCAAGUCUUGGAUUGAAAGAGUAUUGCCCAAAAGGAUUAAGAGCAAUGAUAGAGAUUAGUUUUUUGCAUUGUAGAGCUUAUACAAAAUUUGUGGCUAGAAAAGUUUAUACAAUUGUAAAUAGAUCCCGGCCCUCUUUGGGUGCGCAUAGGUUGUAAAAAAAUUCGUUUUAUGCAAUACAAUUCAUUGAUUUAUCAAAAAAAAAAAAAAAUCAUGUGUAUACAAUAGAUUUUUUAAACAAUAUUUUCGAACUGGUGUAUCAUAUGGUGCUA